AUGGGUGAUGUAGAUCUAACCAACGAUGGCAUCGUCAGCCUCGACUAUGAUUCUCGAGGCUACAUCUCUGCUCCCACCUGGUCCGUAGCGGUGGAGCAUCGCCCGACCCAGCACCACCAGCAGCACCAGCAGCACCACCAUCAACACCAGCAGCAGCAGCAGCAUCAGCAUUCGCAGCACCACCACCACCACCAACGAGCCGAUGGUAGGGGGGAUAUCUCACCCCUACAAACUAACAGUCACGAUUUCAACGCCACUGUAGCGCACGACCACGAUCUCAUCAGCGACUGGGAAUUCCACAAUAUACAACCCCACCACCUCCCGUAUUCUCAAGCUGAGACCUCGUCUGCUCCCCAAUUCACCUCCAGCUACUCGAUCCCACUCCAGGCUUCUCCAAUCGAUCUCAUGCCAGCUGCUACCCAGGCUCAGCUGGGUCCAAGUCUACUUGACGGGCCCUAUCACGUUCCUCUGUCUGCACCGCCAGUCGAUAUGAUACCCUUCACGUUCCACGAUUUCCACGCGGAUCUCAUGUCUUUUCCGACUAUGGACGGCCUUCCAGAUGUGACCUACGCUUCCCAGAGUAUUCAGGGCAGUAGCUCGCCAACAGACACAUAUUUGGAAGUCCGCUCCUUGACCAGUUCGAGCAGUGAUAAUGGCUGGACAACCAUCGAGAAUCGCAGGUCUCUAGACUCUCCAUACCACGAACAUGGCAUGUUCAUCAACCCAAAUCAGACCCUGCAUAAUAGGAGCCUGUCUGAGUCGUCAUAUUCCGAUUUGGAUCUCCACAACCCAAGAAACUCCUUUAGCAGCAUAACAGACUUUUCUCAUCCCAUAAAUUCUCCAAGUUCGGAAUCGAAUCUCGAGGCGGAGUACAAUGCUAUAAAUCGUAGAGUGUCAUGUGAUCAGACCUCCCAUGGUUCGUCGUCCCCGGCUGCUGUGAGCCCCGUUGGAAUUGUCAGGCCCAUGCCAGCCAAGAAAUCUUCGUCGCCUUCCCGAUCCCCGACUUCACAGGCGUCGUCCUCUCCGCCAAGUAGAAAACCAUCCCGCAAAAGCCCUAUCGCCGCAAAGACCGCAGAAACGAAAGUGCGAAAGCAAUCUCAGUCUGGAAAGCCCGAAACUGAGAAACGUGUGGGGAAGCGAAAGGGCCCGCUUAAGCCUGAUCAGCGGAAACAAGCUAGUGAAAUACGAAAAUUAAGAGCUUGUCUGCGAUGCAAGUGUCUGCGAUGCAAGUUCCUCAAGAAGACUUGUGACAAAGGAGAGCCUUGUGCGGGUUGUCAGCCAUCACACGCUAGGCUUUGGCAAGUUCCUUGCACUCGCAUUGACAUCAAAGAAAUCGGCUACUUCAUGAAAGAUUGGAAGGCCGAUUAUGAGCGUCACGUUACUUUAGCCUUCUCAGUGGGGAACAUCAAGGGGUUCUCUGAUGUUGAGAGAAUACUCUUCAUCACUCAUGGAUAUGGUCAAGUGAUUCCUGUCACCGCACGCGAAGUUUAUGUUCGCGAUGAAGAGUGCUUCAACAUCGAUUGGGUGGAAUCUAUGCAGCGCGAUCCUAACAGCUUCGAGCUCGCAACCGCGAAAUUGUCGGCGGGCAUGGAAGGGAUCACCCCCGCAAUGCUUUCGGAUUACCUUGACAAACAUAUUGACAGUGACGGGAGCUUCGAGAAUUUCGUGGAUGACUACUUCACCGGCACCCCAUUCUUGACCCAGAUGCUCAAGAGUACAUUCCGGUAUUACUCUCGAACUAAGCUUCCAGUUAUCCGGAAAGCACUGAAGCUCAUCCUAGCCUACAACCUUACGCUACAUGUUACCAUGGUCGAAGGAGUUGGUGAGCUGGAGGAUUUCAUCGGCAAGAUCGAUGAUGAAACGUCAAGGUACAAUGGAAAAAUCAUGGCACCAGUCAUGAUAAAUUUCCAGAUCAAGUGCGGCUUGGCUACCAUGUGGCGAGAAUUGCAAAAGGACGUGCUUGAGGAACUGUCUGCUCUCUACUCCAGUGUUUACAGCGGUGACAAACUUAAAAACUGGCCAACCAUUUUCCUCCUCGCGUCUAUACUGCUUGCUGUGUGGGAAGAGAUGCAGUUUGACUGCCAUUAUCGGGUUCCUGAUGCUGCGGCGGUUGACAAAUUCUGCACUGAUAUGGAAACAACCCCCGUCGGUGUCAUCGUCGGCCUCUUCCAAGCGAUUUCCCAGAAACUACCAGCAUUCACCGAAUGGGAUUCUCAAAAACACCACCACCUCCUAGGCUCGAAUGUUGACGUCUGUGACACCAUGACGGAAGUUCGUCAGCAUGUUACUCAAUACGAAUCCUAUCUUCGAACCCGCAGCAAGUCGAAAUUCGACCGCAACGAUUUCGAUUGUUUAUCAAAUAAAUUUGUCUCUAGACUUGUUAUUCGCGCGAACUAG